GGGUGGGUCCGGGUUGAAGACAGAGCAGGGCUGCCCGCCAGCCUGCCCGCUCUCCCGCCGGCCCGCCCGCCAACCGGGUGACUUCAAGGCCGGUGCGGUGCACCAUGUCCCCCUGGCUCAGAUGCACUUCCAGGCCGGUAAGAACAGUGGCCAUGGGGGACCCUGGACUGUCCAAGCUGCAGUUUGCUCCCUUUAAUAGUGCCCUGGACGUUGGCUUCUGGCACGAACUGACCCAGAAGAAGUUGAAUGAGUACCGCCUGGACGAGGCACCCAAAGACAUCAAGGGCUAUUACUACAAUGGUGACUCUGCCGGUCUGCCUACCCGCUUGACAUUGGAGUUCAGUGCUUUCGACAUGAGUGCCCCCACGCCUGCCCGCUGCUGCCCAGCCAUGGGAACCCUGCACAACACCAACACACUUGAGGCUUUUAAGACUGCAGACAAGAAGCUCCUUCUGGAGCAGUCAGCAAAUGAGAUCUGGGAAGCCAUAAAGUCAGGCGCUGCUCUCGAAAACCCCAUGCUCCUCAACAAGUUUCUGCUCUUGACCUUUGCGGACCUAAAGAAAUACCACUUCUACUACUGGUUUUGCUGCCCCGCCCUCUGUCUUCCUGAGAGCAUCCCUCUAAUCCGGGGCCCUGUGAGCUUGGAUCAAAGGCUUUCACCAAAACAGAUCCAGGCACUGGAGCAUGCCUACGACGAUCUGUGUCGAACUGAAGGGGUCACUGCCCUGCCCUACUUCUUAUUCAAGUACGAUGACAACACGGUGCUGGUCUCCUUGCUCAAACACUACAGUGAUUUCUUCCAAGGUCAAAGGACAAAGAUAGCAGUUGCUGUGUACGAUCCCUGUAACCUAGCCCAGUACCCUGGAUGGCCUUUGAGGAAUUUUUUGGUCCUGGCGGCCCACAGAUGGAGCGGCAGUUUCCAGUCCGUUGAAGUCCUCUGUUUUCGGGACCGCACCAUGCAGGGAGCAAGAGACGUGACACACAGCAUCAUCUUUGAAGUGAAACUUCCAGAAAUGGCAUUUAGCCCAGAUUGUCCUAAAGCAGUUGGCUGGGAGAAGAACCAGAAGGGAGGCAUGGGUCCGAGGAUGGUGAACCUCAGCGGAUGUAUGGACCCCAAAAGGCUGGCUGAGUCGUCUGUGGAUCUGAACCUCAAGCUGAUGUGCUGGCGGCUGGUCCCCACCUUGGACUUGGACAAGGUCGUGUCUGUCAAGUGCCUGCUGCUGGGAGCCGGCACCUUGGGGUGUAAUGUGGCUAGGACACUGAUGGGCUGGGGCGUCAGACACGUCACAUUUGUGGACAACGCCAAGAUCUCCUACUCCAAUCCCGUGAGGCAGCCUCUGUAUGAAUUUGAAGAUUGUCUAGGGGGUGGCAAGCCCAAGGCCCUGGCUGCAGCAGAGCGGCUCCAGAAAAUAUUUCCCGGAGUGAAUGCCAGCGGGUUCAACAUGAGCAUCCCCAUGCCGGGACACCCUGUGAACUUCUCUGACAUCACCAUGGAGCAGGCCCGCAGAGACGUGGAACAGCUGGAACAACUCAUCGAUAACCACGAUGUCAUCUUCCUGUUAAUGGACACCAGGGAGAGCCGGUGGCUUCCUACUGUUAUUGCAGCCAGCAAGAGAAAGCUGGUCAUCAAUGCUGCCUUGGGGUUUGAUACCUUCGUUGUCAUGAGGCAUGGCCUGAAGAAACCCAAGCAGCAGGGAGCCGGGGACCUCUGCCCAAGCCAUCUUGUAGCACCUGCCGACCUGGGCUCCUCGCUUUUUGCCAACAUCCCUGGAUACAAGCUUGGCUGCUACUUCUGCAAUGAUGUGGUGGCUCCAGGAGAUUCAACCAGAGACCGAACUCUGGACCAGCAGUGCACAGUGAGUCGCCCAGGCCUGGCCGUGAUUGCAGGUGCCCUGGCUGUGGAGCUGAUGGUCUCCGUUCUGCAGCAUCCUGAGGGGGGCUACGCCAUCGCCAGCAGCAGCGAUGACCGCAUGAAUGAGCCUCCCACCUCGCUGGGACUUGUGCCUCACCAGAUCCGAGGUUUUCUGUCACGGUUCGAUAAUGUCCUUCCUGUCAGCCUGGCAUUUGAUAAAUGUACAGCCUGUUCACCCAAAGUUCUUGAUCAAUACGAGCGAGAAGGAUUCAGCUUCCUAGGGAAGGUAUUUAACUCCUCACAUUCCUUCUUAGAAGAUUUGACUGGUCUUACACUGCUCCAUCAAGAGACCCAAGCUGCUGAGAUCUGGGACAUGAGUGACGAGGAGACCGUGUGAGGCCACCACAGCGCAGGAGUGCUUGGCCCUCGGCGCAGGACUGUACCCCAGGAUUGGUGAUCUGGGCCCUGCGACCUCCCGGUCCUGAUCCCCACACCUCCAAGGACUAGGGUGUACCCUCUGCUGCCCAGUUGCACCCUUUCCUGUGCCAUCUCACCAGCUCUGAACUCAAUAAUAACAUUGGCAUUGCCACCGA